AAUGUUGCUUGCGUUACCUUGAUUUUCAUGGCGAGACGUAUUGCGUCAUCGGAGCGCAGCAGUACGAGCGCCUCUGAUUGGCUGUUGUUGGCGGUGACCUGGCAACCGAGUCAAGGGUUUACAGACGCUUAUUUAUUCUGCAGGAUCUUCAGAGAGCGCAGAUCGUGUCUUUUUAUUGACAACCUGUGAUUGCCUACCGAUACUAGCUGCUCUUCAUCCAUCUCCAGAGAGGAUGUCGACGCGAACCCUGCCUCUGCUCUUCAUUAAUCUGGGUGGAGAAAUGCUCUACAUCCUGGAUCAGCGCCUGCGGGCUCAGAAUAUCCCAGCAGAUAAAGCCAAGAAAGUUAUGAAUGAUAUCAUUACCACCAUGUUCAAUAAGAAGUUCCUGGAGGAGCUGUUCAAACCACAGGAGCUGUACUCCAAGAAAGCCCUGAGGACAGUGUUCGACCGACUGGCUCACGCCUCCAUCAUGAGACUCAACCAAGCUAGUAUGGACAAGCUCUAUGACUUGAUGACCAUGGCAUUCAAGUAUCAAGUCCUGCUGUGUCCUCGCCCUAAAGACAUCCUCCUUGUGUCCUUUAACCACAUGGAUGCCAUCAGGGACUUUGUGAAAGACACUCCCAGCAUCCUCAGCCAAGUGGAUGAAACAAACAAGCAACUUGUAGAGAUCUAUACACCUUUAUCUGGUGGAGAGUUUCAACUAAUUAGACAGACACUCCUCAUCUUCUUUCAAGAUAUGCAUAUAAGAGUAUCAAUUUUUCUGAAAGACAAAGUACAAAACUCCAAUGGGCGCUUCGUUCUCCCCACAUCAGGUCCUGUUCCGUAUGGGACGCACACCCCAGGACUCAUAAGAAUGUUUAGCUGUAGUGGUGAGGAGGUGAGAAGGAUGCAGUUCCGUGACGGUGGCAAUUACUGUGGCGCUCUCCGUGAGGGUUCUUUUGAAAUGUAUGGUGAUCGAGUCAUCAAACUGGGCACAAACAUGUACAGUGUGAGCCGCCCUGUUGAGACACACAUGUCUGGAACCUCCAAAAACUCCUCCCAGCACACCAAGGUCAACACAACUCCGAAUCCCUUGGCAAAAGAAGAGCUGAACCUGCUUGCUAGACUGAUGGGAGGUCUGGAGGUGCAGAAGUCAGCUAACACUGACUCUGGCUUCCGUGUGAACCUUUUUUCCACUGAUGAGGAGGAAGAGGAAGCUUUGAUAUCAAGACCGGAUGAGCUUUCCUAUGAUGUUAUUAAUAUCCAGGCAACAAAGGACAAACAGACCAAUGCAGAGCUGGCUAAGAUCAUGGGGGAGUUUGGCGAGACGGGAGAACCCGCCCCCAGCUCCAGCUCCAGCAGCAAGGGCGACGACCUCCUGGCCAUGAUGGAUGAACUGUGACUUAAACUUGAUGUUCCCUUUGACUGAGCAGAGUGUCUGAGCUGUUAAGCAGGAUAAAGUGCUACAAUGUCUUACUCAGCAAAGAGGCCUUUUGUGUGGAGCUACAGUGACAACCGUAUAUAUUUAGAACGACAGCAAAGCUCAACAAGAAAGUCUCUCUUUGAGAAUUUCACACAAUUGUUGUCUUCUGCCUCUCAGCGAAUGUGAGAAAUGCAAAUAGCAGGUGUAGAAAUGUAAUAUGCAUCUUGCUGUGGGACCAUAUUCACCAUAUUCUCAUAUUCGUUCUGUCAAGUUACUAUUGACCUACUGAGGUGGCACAGGCCAUAUCAUCACGUAUUUCAGCGAAUGGUUUGAUAUCAGGCUUCACAGAGACGUCUGCGAGGCUCGGAUGUCACAGACACUUCUGUGACAUUUAGAUCAGUGGACAGAAUAAAAUGCCUUUUCUGGACUGUCUUAGCUGUCUUAGAGGACAAUCCGUGCACAUGGAAUUCAUUUAAAUCUGUCUGAUGUGCCACCGGGAGGUGCAGGAUAUGCAUCCACACAACAAGCGCUGAUUAAGACAGGGUAAUGGAGGAAACCGAAGUGCACUUGUAGUAAAUAUUUAGUGCAGAUCCCAAAACUGGUUUACAGGACAAUUGAUGUGUGUGUGUUUUUGGCUUUAUUUAAAGGGGGUGCAACUAAGUCAGGUAUUUCAAGCUCAAGAAUUUAAAUGUCUUGUUGUUAAAAUGUGCAGUUGUUGCAUUAUGUAAAGGAACAAUGUGUACAUGAAACCACCUUCCAUGGAAAGAAAGCAAUGCAAUAUGUAUGGUGGAUGAAAUUGUUUAUUUUUCGUAACCAUGAUAGAGCUUAUUUAUUGAGGUUAAUGUACUGAAUGUUCAUUUGUGUCUGUUCAUGGUUAUAUUAAAAUAGAUUAUAUUGGA